AUGGCCUUGUUCUGGUUAGUUGCUUGCUUAAACUAUAUUUUCGUCUUGGGUUUGGUUUUAGCCUUUACUCCCGGGGUCACAGCUGCCCUUAAUGGUAAGGAAAUGGACCGGCUAGCACUGCUGGCAUUUAAGGCCAAAAUAACUAAUGAUCCUAUGGGGUCUCUAAGGUCAUGGAAUUAUUCCACCCAUUUUUGCGACUGGAAUGGUGUGGUAUGCAAUAGCCAACACCAGAGGGUCACCGUGUUAGACCUGGGAAAUCAAACGUUGACGGGGUCCAUAUCUCCCUACCUAGGGAAUUUGAGCUUUUUAAAUGAACGUCUUCUUGGAAACAAUAGCUUCGUUCAAGAAAUUCCUCCAAAACUUGGCUGUUUGAAAAGACUUCGAUUGUAUUGGCUCAGGAACAAUUCACUUGGUGGUGAAAUCCCCGCCAAUUCAUCUAGUUACUCUAACCUCAUUGAGAUCCGUCUUGCUUGGAACAUGCCGGUAGGGAAGAUUCCUAUGGAGCUUGGAUCAAUGUCAAAACUCCAGCUGGUUCGGGCUGCUUUAAACAGUCUAACAGUUGGUGUCCCUCUUUCUUUUGGGAACUUAUCACCUCUUAUGUUUCUUGGUUUUAACGCUAAUAAGAUAGUAGGAAGCAAUACUACUACUCUUGGCCAGCUAACACAACUAGAAUACCUUGGAUUGUCUGAAAACAUCUUUUCUGGUAGCUUCCCUCCCACACUCUUCAGUCUAUCUUCCAUCACUACUAUUUUUGUUCCGGUGAACCAAAUUCAAGGGAGUCUUCCAUCAGACAUGGGUAGCAUUNAUACCUUGGAUUGUCUGAAAACAUCUUUUCUGGGAGUCUUCCAUCAGACAUGGGUAGCACUCUUCCUCGUCCCAGUUACUUUUACAUUUCUGGAAAUUGAUUUACUGGCACCAUUCCUGGAUCAGUGUCCAAUAUGUUAG